ACGGCGCGGCCGCGCUCGGCACAGCCAGUCUCGCACGUCCUUCUGCGCGUCCGGAGACGUCGGAGCCCGCACCGGAGUCCGCACCGAGCGCCGGCCGGAUGGAGCGCCCGCAGCCCGACAGCAUGCCCCAGGAUUUGUCAGAGGCCCUGAAGGAGGCCACCAAGGAGGUGCACGUCCAGGCGGAGAAUGCCGAGUUCAUGAAGAACUUCCAGAAGGGCCAGGUGACCCAAAAAGGCUUUAAGCUGGUGAUGGCUUCUCUUUACCGCAUCUACGUGGCCCUGGAGGAGGAGAUCGAGCGCAACCGGGACAACCCGGUCUACGCCCCCCUUUACUUCCCAGAAGAGCUGCACCGCAAGGCCGCCCUGGAGCGGGACAUGGCCUUCUGGUACGGAGCCCGCUGGCAGGAGGCCAUCCCCUACACACAGGCCACGCGACGCUACGUGCGGAGGCUCCAGGACGUGGGGCGCAGGCAGCCGGAGCUGCUGGUGGCCCAUGCCUACACCCGCUACCUCGGUGACCUGUCAGGGGGCCAGGUCCUCAAGAAGAUCGCUCAGAAGGCCCUGGCUCUGCCCAGCUCCGGGGAGGGCGUGGACUUCUUCACCUUCCCCAACAUCGCCAGCCCCACGAAGUUUAAGCAGCUCUACCGCUCCCGCAUGAACUCUCUGGAGAUGACCCCUGAGGUCAGGCAGCGAGUCCUCGAGGAGGCCAAGACUGCGUUCCUGCUCAACAUUCAGCUGUUUGAGGAGCUGCAGGAGCUGCUGAGCCAGGACGCCGAGGACCAGAGCCCCUCGCAGGCCCCGGGGCUGCGCCGGCGGGUUGGCAGCGGGGCGCAAGACUCGACUCCCAUGGAGACUCCGAGAGGGAAGCCCCAGCUCAGCCUUCUCUCCCAGGCACCGCUCCUCCGAUGGGUCCUUACGCUCAGCUUUCUGGUGGCAACAGUUGCUGUGGGGCUUUAUGUCAUGUGAAUGCAAGGGCGCUGGCUCCUUACGCUGUGAGCUGUGUCCAGUGGACGGCCCGCUUUCUGGAGAGGGAAUAUCUCUUGGCUGGCUUCCUUACCUUAGGCAUGGGGGGGCUCUCUGUACCCCCCACCCUGUCCCUGCUUCCCUGUCUUUGGAAAGGGAGUCUGUGACAUCAUCUUCCCCAACCAAAAGCACAUCCAGCUCACGGACACGAACUUCCAAAGUGGGAUGAGCAUCCUGCCUGGCCCCUCAGCACUCCCAGUUCCUGCAGCAGAGCCCAGAAGACAUGGCCGGAAGUGGCAGCUGUCUUGAACCUCCAGAUGCCCUGGGUCCAUGGUCUCCUUGACAUGCCAUGACCGCCUUCUCUGUGGGCCGUGGCGAGUUUCAUAUAAAUGUGCAACAAUGUUGUGUCUUGUGUUUGUCUUGUUUCUGUCGGAGCCACUCUUUGUUCCUGGCUCCACCUGAACUGUGGUAUUUUGUUAUGUUCUGUUUUUAUAGCAGAGUUGGGGUGAGUUUUGGGGGUGGGGUGGGGAGGGAGGUGUUUAACAACACUGUGGCCUUGGCCUCUAACUUUUGUGUGAAAUAAUAAACUUCAG